AUGGGCUGGGGAAGAUCCGAGGGAACGCCAUACUGGCUUGUGAAGAACUCAUGGGGCAAAGAAUGGGGAGAAGAUGGAUAUGCACGCAUGACUAUUGGCACCGGGGUGCUUAGAGAGGAGUCCGUCAUUGUCGGGUAUGCUGCAACACCCGAAGCACUGGAGGAGCAGCAGAAGAAGAAGGAGGACGAAAUGGACUGA